AAUGCGGACAAUGCGCCCGAUUUGCCCUGUGAAAAUGGCGAGUGGAACAGGUUGAUGGCAGACUGGAACCACCCGUUCAAACAGCGUGACAUUGUAGACUUCAUUCACUACUUGUUGCCUUGGCUAGCACCACAUACCGCAGCUGCAAAUGGCAAUCUCAAACAAGGGAUCGUCAAGAUCAUUGACACUGGAACAGAGGCUUGCCCCGUGCAUCUCUAUGCUUGCAUGAGCCCUGAACGGGAUCACGUGGACCUUCAACUACUCAUCGCAGAUAUUGGUCAAUGGGUUCAUACGGACUACAUACCAUGGUUGGUUUUGGAGACCUCACCUGUCUUCAGAUUGAUCGAUUCAAUGCCUGGCACUUUGGCACUGAGGCAUUUUGAGGACACUACAGGACUGCUCUCCUUGAGUGCAGUGGCGGGUGGCGG